UGGUAUGGAAACACUUCGAGAUCCCUGCUUAUCGACGGAGAUUUAUCGACCAUGCUUUGAGAGAAUUAUUUAUCGCGAAACUAGGGACGCGUGGCGUCUAAUAUCUUCGUCAGGGCGUCUUGAAAAAGUCUCGCGGGGUUUUUCCCACGUCAGGGAAACAGAUAAAUACUCGAUGUCGAAUCGCGAAGGUAACCACAGUCGCAUCACGUGUUCGUCGUAUUCCGAUACCGAGUCAUGAGUGCGACUGCAUGCUAAUCAGCAGAUGGGAGCAGGGAAUGAAAAUAGGAGGUGCUUCGAGGGGGGCUGCUUCGGGUAAAAAGUAGCACACCAAGAGGAUGGUAAACCGUUUUAACGAUCUUAUAAAGAUAAAUUGAUAUUAAUCCGUUAGAUUUAAAAGAAUAGAUAGCUUUACCAAGUAUUACACGUUCUGGCAAGCGAAGUAAUCUACGAAGAGGGCAUAAGUCGUGGUCGCGUGGUAAGAAACGCCUCGGCAAUGUACACGGCAGGUGCGCGUGCAGACAGCUCGAGGCGCUUACCAGUUAACCAUGGGGCGGGCAAACUUUUUCUGAAAGGGCCAAGCAAGAAGCUGCGGGAUUUACCGUGCCAAAAAGAGGUCACGCUAUGCUAAAGCGAACACAAGUCUUUUUAAUCAUCUUGUCAGGGUAGUAUAAUCCGUACAUAUCAUCCGUAAAAGUUCUCACUGGGAUACUACUGCUGCAACAGGCAUCGUUUCUACGUUCGUGGCGUGUUAACCUUUUAGAUAAAAAGAAUACGAAUGGCAAAGAUAUUCCUUACCCUAAAGCGAAUAGAUUAGUUGAAGUUCGUAAAGAUAGUUUACCGUGUGUGUCCAUUUACUCUACCGUGUGUGUCCAGCACUCGAGAGAGAAGAUGAAAAUGAAUGGACGCAGCUGUAAGAUUCUCAUUCCCCGAGCACGCAUUGGCUUUUUGCCAAGUCGUGAGCCCGAGCCAUUAACGCGCGGGAUUGCUUAUCAGUUGCUGAGUCCGCGUUAUUGCGACGCGGUCGUCGACGGAUGACCAACCGAGCGACACGGCUGUGUUUCGGUCCCUGUGCCACCUAGAUGCCCCCACGUCUCGUAACUCGCCAGAUAUCGACCAUAAACGACGAAAGUGAUCGCGCGUCCCUGAUAUCGACUUACCAUCGAUUUUAUCAAUAAAUGACAAACAAAUUCUCUUCUAGACAUUUUUUUAUUUUAUUAUUUAUUAUGUUUUCAAACGUUAUAAUAGGAUUAUAUCCCCUCCCUCGUUUUCAUAACCUAAAGAUAACCUUACUUUUCUUCGAUUGAUAAUUGGGCUAGAUGUUAUCGACAGACAAUUAGAUUUAUCGUAACGUACAAAAAAUUACGUGUGUGUACGUGUGUGUGUGUGUUCGUAAGAGGGGUUAAGUAAUAGAAACAAUUACUCGAAAGUAUGAGAAUACGUAGUGAACGUAUAUUUCGAAAUAAUACCAUCGACACCCUACAUAGUCAUCCUACACUCGUUUACCAUUUACUUCCUGGAAUAAUUGAUUACUACGGAACCUUAAUUAUAGGUUACCGUGCAUAACAAUAAAACUUUCAUUUUUACCUGCAUCUCGUCCAGCUUGGUGUCAAGCUGUGAUCGAUCGACAGUCGCAUUCUAACCUCCGUGAAAUACCAAAAAUGCGCUGUAAUGGAAAAAUUGUGAACAAUCAAAAGUAUUUAGCUAAAAAGAAAUACGACAAAUUCGUAACCUGCGAACAUUUAAACAUGGUGGAAGAAAUCGCGUCGGCGGUACAGUGUUGCCAGUACGGAAAUGCUCGAUGACGCUAUUGCCAGGUUUGCUCCCUCCAAAACCGCGCGUGCAUUGGCAGCAUUGUUUUUUGGUAGUUUACAAAUAAAAUGGCCGAUAUAUGAGGCUAUUUUGUAUGGACAAUAAAAUAUGCAAUUCUGUAAAAUUAAUGACCAUCGGCCGUUCGUGUAUGUACGUGAAAGUAUAGGUACAGUGCCGCGAAAUACGAGAAAAGAAGGUGAAGUGUGAGUGAGCGUGUGGGAGUGCCGUGAGAAGAAGGUGGAGGUUGUCUUUCAAGACCCGUGGACGCCGCGGGCCCGAAGACCGAAACGAAGAAUCACUUAAGGGACUCUAAUACAUAGAAAAGCCAGCCGACCGCUGUAUUUUUUCCAUUGGCGCGCGGUGGCGCGACAACUAAACGAAAACGACUCUAGAUUUGCGGAACCUGGUUUACAGCACACGGGCCCCCUCUGCCGCCUGCUCCAAUUCUUCGAGUGUUCUCGCCUCACCUCCUGAACACUGUGUGUUCCUGAGUCAGGGAAAACAACACUUGGGUACACGCCGUGUACACCGUUGUUUUAUGUCACAUAUGAUAACAAACACACAGCGUUGACCACCUUGCAAACAUUACUCAACGUAUACUGAUCAUCCAGACCUAUCGAACAGCACUGCGUACCCCAAUACUAUUAUACCACAGAGCCGCUUUAGGCAGAUAUGAUUCCCAAUCCUGAAACCAAAGGCCGAGAUACUGGAGUGUGACGGGUACGUUUACUUAGAACCUUUCAAAAUAUUUCCCGCAGACCAAUUCGUGGUAGUGGAGAGAAGUGGUGUGGACGAUGCGUUGACAGAGACGGAGGGGCCCACGAGCACCGCGUCCAGCCAGCCCACCCCCUCCGUUACCCCUGUGUCAAACAUGUGCACCACUCCUGGCAACGUGGGCACAGGAUUUGGGUAUACCUGGUCCUUUGGCGGACCUGGUGCUGAAACCCGAGAAAAUGCUCAGGGUGAACUCACUACCAAUAUUAGUUACGCGGUGAACAACAAUCAGGAUCAGAGUUCGAGUCAGAAGAUUCAGGUCGACAUUAAGCCCACCAAAAUCACCAAUAGUACGCACCGAAGACCAAUGUUCACUAUGAACGAAACUUGUCAGCAAACUCCAACCACCCACCAUGGCCAUACAGCUGGAGCUCACAAUCAAACUCAUGUCCGUAUUAAAAAACAACACGAUGUAUUUUCGUUAACAUGCGAUAAAGGCGGUUGCAAUUGCGACGCCGCGCAUCCGACACCCCCGCCGUCUCUUUUCUCUAAUACGUUAGUUUUUACCACAGCCGAUAAGCAUGCCAUGAGUAAACAUUUCAUGACACCCCUUGGACCAAUACAACUUACAGCGGAAGAGUGCAAUGAAAUUUUAAUGAAAAGAGCAGCAGCUGCCUCGAAUCAAGCCAACGUAAACAAUGUGACGACGAGUCAAACAGAUAGCACAGCCCAUUUUGGACACGUUUUAACGCACGUUAAUACCACUCAAAUUGAAACCAAGGUAAAGCAACAGCAAGAUAUGGGAAGUCAGGUCCGUGUACCAAAAGAAAGACCGUACUCCUGUUCUGAAUGUGGGAAGUCGUUUCUCUUGAAACAUCACCUUACCACGCACGCGAGAGUGCAUACCGGGGAACGACCUCACGUUUGUGUUCAUUGCGGAAAAAGUUUUGCACACAAACAUUGUCUUCAUACUCACCUGCUCCUCCAUAGCGCGGAUCGACCGUAUCAAUGCCGCGAAUGUAAAAAAUCUUUUACAUUAAAACACCAUCUAGUAACGCACACGCGUGUACACACGAGGGAUCGACCAUUCAUUUGUCAAGAGUGUGGGAGAGCAUUUCCUUUAAAACGUCACCUAGUGACUCAUAGUAAAUUCCAUUCAGGAGAGAGACCUUUUGUUUGCGAAGAGUGUGGAGAGUCGUUUUCGCAAAAGGACCAUCUCACGAUGCAUUCGCGCUUCCAUGGCAGUCUACAUCCAUUCGUAUGUCAUGAUUGCGGGGCAACCUUCCAGAGGAAGUUCGAGUUAGUGAAUCACGGCCGCCUCCACGGCAGAGUUCCACACUCGUGUACUGUUUGUGGAAAAGAAUUUCUACAAAAGAGAACAUUAUUGGCACAUAUGCGUUUACAUACAGGAGAAACACCGUUUGCUUGCACCGUUUGUGGAGAGGCUUUCCCUCGAAAAACGGACCUGGUUGCCCACUCUAAGAUUCAUAACAACAAUACGAACACGGAUGAAAAGGGUCUGAUGUGCAGGGAAUGUGGAUUGGACUUCUCGAAUCGAGAAGCCCUUACUUUGCACUUAAGGUUACAUUCUGGUGAUCGAACGCUUGUUACGGACCUUUGUGGACUAGCAGCCGCCUUCCAACAAACUCCUGGACACUUCCUCACCCCCAACACUCCAGCAACCCAUCAGAUGAAUGGACCGAUUGGAAACCCCGGUGUCAGCCAUAUGCACGGUGCGACGCAAACAUCACCACCAGUGGGAGCGGGCCCAAAACCGAAACCACAUGUUUGUCCUGAUUGCGGUCGUGGAUUUGCACAGAAACACGGUUUGUCCCAACAUCAACGGCGUCACACGGAUGGCAGCUGCCACAUACGAUCCCACGUGUGUGAUAAAUGUGGCAAAGCCUUUUACCAGAAGAACCAUUUGCUACUGCAUCAACGUCAGCACAUGGAUCCUCCUCCGAGUAUACUCCGGCAACAGCAGAGGCAAGCUGCGCAGGCUGCUGCCCAGCAAGCACAACAACAGCAACAAGCGCAGCAACAACAACAGGUGCAGCAACAACAGGUGCAACAACAACAAGUGCAGCAACAACAGGUGCAACAGCAGCAGCAGCAGCAGCAACAGCAAACACAACAGCAGCAGCAGCAAACGUGCACGGUAGACACAAAAACAAUACAGCUACAAGCGAUACAGCAACAAGUGCAACAACAAGUUCAACAACAGGUACAACAGCAAGUACAACAACAGGUACAACAGCAAGUACAACAACAACAACAGCAACAACAAGCGUGCUCUGUGGACACUAAAGCAAUACAGUUAAAUGUCACUAUGUGAGACGAUAUAGAAAGUGGGGACUGGACAGUCCCUGGAACAAUAGCACUCCCAAAUGCGCACCCGGCUGCCACCCUCUGCACGCACUUCUCUUGUACUAACAAUACACAUUAGAUAUAUUUAUUAUCUCUAGAAUCGAAUACGAAGUAAUCAAUUUUAUUACAAGAGUAUAUAUACAAAGUAUACAUAUUAUAUUCUAAAUAUGUAAGGCUUGUAACAAGAAAAUAAAAAUAACCAUAUAUUAGUGUUUUACAUAUACUUUAUAUAUCAUUUACUCUAGAUAUGUAAAAUGAAACUAAACAAAUUAGUUGCCUUAAUGAGAUGAAGAAUUUUAAUGAAUAUAUUAACUAUUGUUUGGUGAACUUUUUUUUUUUCAUUUACUUUUAAUUAGUAGGACAUCACUUUAUAAGAAAACGCAUAUUGAAUAAACAAACAUAAAAAAAGAAUAAGUUUUUUUAUGUACUACUGCUUUGUUGUUAUCCUUCAUGCUGUGCUUGUAUGACGGAAGUCGAGAGAAACGUUUGAUCGUGUGAGUGAUCAGUAAGGAUGAGUACGUAGAAUGUAUCAAGAAAGAGGGAGAGGGUGGCAGACACAGCGCAUUUACGGAGCAUUUUAAAUUGUAGGUCUGCCCGACGAAAAAGAAGAAUGAGUGGUGUCUAAUACGUACUUUUACGUUACACGGUACGCGCAAUUUGUUUAACAAAUUCUAGAGAACUAAGUAGAAUCGCAAAAAUUUAUAUUUCAUUGUCGUUUUUAAUUGAUUUCGUAGAAUCGUGUACAUUUCGAAUUGUUAAAAUGUUUUGUUUUCAUGUUUUUACAUGAUCGUACUGUUUCUAUUUCUUAACUCCCGUACUAUUCUAAGUUCGUGGUAACUUGGACCUUUUUUUUUACUUUAUAAUAUUGGGAUGAUAUGCGUGAAAGGCGUUGACAUGUUCUCGAAAAAUCACUCAGUAUAGCGGACUUUUGUAAUAGUUUGUCAGAGAUAUGUAAUAGUUAAUAGAAUUGCGCAAAAAAAAAAAAAAUGAAAGAAGUAAUAAAGGUAACUUUCCUACAUAGUUUUAACA